CUUUACCAGUUCUUACUUUUUUUGAGUCCUCUAAGAUUGCACUCGCGCACAGGCAGACGGACUUUACUGCCAGCUGUUGGCGACUGACCGGAUUCCAGUCUUACUUUGAAAGGAACUUUUUAAACUAAGUUUUUGUUUUACUGCGAGCGGUGCAGCUUUCUUCAGACACCUUUUAUUUAAGGAUGUCCCCUCUGCCUCUACUGAGCGGGAUCCUCCUGCUGCUAAUCCGGUCCUGCUCCCUGAGCGCCAUGGUCACCAAAGGGAGCCUGCCGAUGUCCGAGCAGCAGGCGGGCGCCACGGUGUGUCCAUCCUGCGCGCUGGCACGGUUUCGAAAAGGCGUUUCGGAGAGCGAGGACGAGGGAGCCCAGCAAGAUGUGGUGGAGGCAGUGAAGAGGCACAUACUUAACAUGCUGCACCUGCAAGAGCGACCCAACAUCACACACCCGGUGCCUCGUGCGGCGCUCCUCAACGCCAUCCGUAAGGUACACGUGGGACGGGUGGCCAAGGACGGCAGCGUCCUGAUUGAGGACGAGGCCAGCAACCGCGCCGAGACCGAACAGGCAGAACAGACGGAGAUCAUCACGUUCGCUGAAACCGGCGAGGCUCCGGGCAUAGUCAACUUUCUCAUCUCCAAGGAAGGCGGUGAGAUGUCUGUGGUGGACCAAGCCAACGUCUGGAUCUUCCUUCGACUGCCCAAAGGCAACCGCACGCGUGCUAACGUCAACAUUCGGCUGCUUCUGCAGCAGGGCGCAGGGGAGAAAAUCCUGGCAGAGAAAUCCGUGGACACGCGGCGCAGCGGUUGGCAUACGUUUCCGGCAUCGGAGAGCGUGCAGUCGUUGCUGCAGCGCGGGGGAAGCACGCUGAGUCUGCGCGUCUCCUGCCCGCUGUGCGCCGACGCCCGGGCCACGCCGGUGCUGGUGUCUCCCGGAGGCAGCGAGCGCGAGCAAUCCCAUCGGCCGUUCCUCAUGGCCGUAGUCCGACAGAUGGACGAGCUCUCCCUGAGGAGGCGUCGCAAGAGAGGCCUGGAAUGCGACGGCAAGGCGCGCGUCUGCUGCAAGCGACAAUUUUACGUAAACUUCAAGGACAUCGGCUGGAACGACUGGAUCAUCGCUCCGUCGGGGUACCACGCCAACUACUGCGAAGGCGACUGCGCCAGCAACGUGGCAAGCAUCACCGGCAACUCGCUGUCCUUCCACUCCACGGUCAUCAGCCACUACCGUAUCCGAGGGUACAGCCCUUUCACCAACAUCAAGUCCUGCUGCGUCCCCACGCGCCUGCGAGCCAUGUCCAUGCUCUACUACAACGAGGAGCAGAAAAUCGUCAAAAAGGACAUCCAGAACAUGAUUGUAGAAGAAUGCGGCUGCUCGUAAGGGCACUUCGAGAAGAGGAAGGGUGGGAAGGGAGCAUGGUUGGACGGUCGGGGCAAGAACUUGAGUCCCGAAACGAAUGGAAAAAGACGAGAUGUAGAGGGAGGAGUCGAGAGCUCCUCUAUCUCUAUCUCACUGCCUCAAGACGAACUCUCGCGUAGACAGGCCUCUCUUUCUCUCGACCACUUGUGCGUGGUCAUCUUAGAAUCCAAUGGGUAUCUGUAACUCAGAGUAAUCUCUGUGGCACUUUCAAAAGAGAAAAAAAAAAAAGAAAUAUAAUAUAUUUUUGUUACAAAGCAAAGGGAGCGAGGUCAGAGAGUAUUUAUGCGGCCUACUUUGCAGCGCAGACGUGCACUGCGGGAAGAGAGAUCACACAGAUGAGGUGCCUGAAAAAGAAAAUCUCAAAACUAUGCAACUUGUCAAGUAUUACGAUAUAUUUUCAUCAAGGUGUUGUUUUGUUUCUUAACUAUUUACUUUUACAAACUAAAAGAAAAGUUAACGUCGGUUGACUUUUUAUACCUUGUUUGUGUGUUUUACGUAUACAUGUUUGUCGUGUGUGUCUGUACAAAAGUGUGUGCGUAUGUGCAGUCUGCCUAUGGGAGUAUUUGUGUACGUGUGUGUGUGUGUGUGUGUGCAUGUCUGUUUGUGUGUGUUGUUGAGAGAUACUUGAAAGAAGUUUGACGGGCUGCUGGAACCAAACAUUUCUCUAUAUUAUUAUUAUUAUUAUUAUUAUUGUUAUUAUUCUAAUUAUUCUGACUAUUGUUAAUAAUGUUAUUAUUUUGUUUUGGUUUCUGUACAUUUUUUUUGUUAUCUUAAUAUGAGACGUUAAAACGUUUACAGUUUUGCACUAUAUCAACAUUUUGAUCAGCGUAGCCACAUAUACAAAUAUGUUUAUAGAGAAAGACUAGAAGCACUUCAGAACAGACGUACCUACAUAGCAUGAGUCUAACAAAUGAGAUUGUUCAAAAAAAAAAAAAAAACAGGGAGGUUAGAGGAGAAGCAAGAGUCGACUAGCACUACAUCAGAGGACCAUGUGUACACAUGCGUUUUACAAAAUAGUGUUUUGGUUUUUUUACUCAACACCAAAGAGUUUCGUUUAGCGUUGCCUACCAUAUCAGGCUGUCUCCGAACGGUUGUUCAGAAGAUACCAAUAUGUCUUUCAGAAGGUUGCUUUGUUCUCCCUACAAAGAUGUCCAGGUUAGCGAACCGAAAGACCUUUAAAACGGCUUCUCAACGUCCCACAGCGGCUCACUCCUGUGUGUGCUUUUGCACUGCUGCACAGUCCAAUCGCGACUGGCCAUCGAAAUGGUUAAAACAGCACUUAAACCAACCUUUUAAAGUUUGUUUUUCUUUUAAUCAUGAAUUGUUACAAAAGUGAAUGUGCAGCAUUGAUAUUUAAUGACUUGGGAGAUGAAUUACUAUUUAGGUAUUUGCAAUUUCUGUCCACCAAAUAUUAAAGGGAUCUUCGACGAUCCAAACAAAAAUAUAUCUAUUAAAAAAAAGGAACUGUUUUUGUUCUGCAGAUGUUGAUAUUUCCGCUUCCCGACAUGAAAUAUUUUACCACUGUGCAAUGUUUAAAAAAAUGAAGCAAUUUGGGAAAUGAAAAGAAAAAAAAAAGAACAGAAAAGACUGAGAGAACGUUUGUGUUACAUUUUGAACUAAGAAAAGUUUACUAUUUUCAGCGUGCUCCUAAUGGGAGCGCAUACGAAAUGUCAUUAAAGAGAAAAAAAAAAUACUAUUAAAACAGAAAAACAGAUUCAGAAGAAAAAAAUAAGACAUGUUGUAUAUGUUUUUGUAUGUUUAUUUGUUUGUUGUUAUUAAAAAAAAUAAUUGACACUGAAAAAAGUGGACUAAGAAUAAAAAAUAUAUUUUUUAUUCUGUAUAUAUGGAAAUCAAGAUACCAAUAUGUUGCAUUGCUUUGUUGUACAAAUCAAAAAUGUGCUUGUGGCUAUUUUUUUUAAUCUAAUUUAUUCUACAGUAUUUUGUCCUUUGCUUCACCAUUAAAGUUAAAAGGUUGUACACUAAAACAGAUGA